AGGAGAUGACCAGAGACUGCGGACAUAGUACAGGGGAUGACCAGAGACUGCAGACAUAGUACAGGAGAUGACCAGAGACUGCGGACACAGUACAGGGGAUGACCAGAGACUGCGGACACAGUACAGGAGAUGACCAGAGACUGCGGACAUAGUACAGGGGAUGACCAGAGACUGCAGACAUAGUACAGGAGAUGACCAGAGACUGCGGACACAGUACAGGGGAUGACCACAGACUGCAGACAGUACAGGGGAUGACCAGAGACUGCGGACAUAGUACAGGAGAUGACCAGAGACUGCGGACAGUACAGGAGAUGACCAGAGACUGCGGACACAGUACAGGAGAUGACCGGAGACUGCGGGCACAGUACAGGGGAUGACCAGAGACUGCGGACAUAGUACAGGAGAUGACCAGAGACUGCGGACAGUACAGGAGAUGACCAGAGACUGCGGACACAGUACAGG